ACAAUAAUAUCAUUAUUAAGAAGAAUAAGAAGGAGGACAAAUUUAGAUAUAUGCCCCCUCCAAUUAUUCAUGGAUUAAACCACUUCCUUCAUUGGUCCCAUCAUGUCCAAAUUCCACUCCCCAAAACCCCCAAUGUAAGCAACAGUCUUCAACUCUUUCUGUUGCAUUCUCUUCUUUAUUUAUUCCAAAACCACUCACUUCCUAGUACUAUCGUUUUUCCCUUUUCUUCAUUCUUUAGAAGAAAACACACAUACACCCACAAAAAAAAAAAAAAAAAAAAAAAAACCAUGGAGAAGUUUGAAAGAGAAGCUCUUGAUUUCAUGAAAGUUGAGUCCUUCUCUCGACUUCCUUUUAUCCCACCCGUUAAAGAAAAGCCUAUUAGGCUUUUCGGUAAAGAAUUUGGUGGUACUUUCGGUACCACCAAUAUGUCUGAAUCAAUUGACAGUAACCAUUUUCACGACGAACGUACAAAUACUAUUGCUAAAGAAAGUCAUAUCAGAAAGAAUGAAGAAAUCAACAGAAAAUAUGAAUGUCACUAUUGUUUUAGGAACUUCCCUACUUCUCAAGCCUUGGGAGGCCAUCAAAAUGCACACAAGAAAGAACGCCAAAAUGCAAAACGAGCUCAGCUUCCGAACAUUUAUGGGAGAAUGAACCGUCAUGGCAUCGGAGAAGCAAGAACUCAUCAACAUUCAACAUGGACCACCAUUAACAAUCGUACUACUCCUAGGUUUUAUGGAAAUGGCCAUCAUGUUAAUGUCAUUAAUCCUAAAACUCCUAUAAGUGGAAGUCCAUUGGCAUUUUGGCGGAUUCCAUCAGCAGUUUAUCAGAAUAAUUCUUCUUCUUCUUCUAACUUAGAUUUUCCUAAUGAUGAUUUCAAGCCUUUAAAAAGCUCUAAUUGUGAGAGCCAAUUUGGAUAUGAACCAAAAGGAGGAGUUCAAGAUGAUCAUGUGAGUUUGGAUCUGCAUUUGUAAGG